AUGGCUGUUGUUGUUUUCUUGAAUCAUGUCGGAUUGGAAACUCUCUUUUGCCCGUUCGAGGAGACGACCGUAUCUCUCGAUGACUUGGGGUUUCUCCAAGCACACAUAUGCGAGCAUGGCGUUGCGUUCUUGGCACUUUUUCUUAUUGGACCGUUGACUCAUGGAGGUCAAGGACAUACGAGCUCAUGGUAUACGAUGUCCUUUUCCGCUCGGAUCACGAUCUCGCCUUUGAGGGAACGAAGGUUGAUUAUGGGCCUCGGGUGGUUGGCAAAGCGACGCCAU